AUUUAUUUAUUUAUUUGUUUUUGUUCUUUCUCUCUCUCCACCAGCAAAAAGAAGCAGCAGCUCUGCAGCAGGAGACAGGGAGGAGGGUAUUAUCAGAGGAAUUUACAGCUUCUUUCGUCUCUUCACUUUCCUCGUGAUCUUUAUUUUUCAUUCUCUUUCUUCUCUAUUUGUCUCGUUCUCUUUUCUCUCUGAUACUGCUUUAGUAUACCAAGACAUCUCCAACAAUAUUAAAAGAAAUUCCCAAACAGACCCAUAUAACCCAUAUAUAUAAGGUUGUGGACUUUGUAGUGUUUGAAGAUUAAAAAAAUGGGUAGUUGUGGGAGGAGUAGUGGGUCUGUAAGGCAGUAUGUGAGAUCAGAACUUCCUCGAUUGAGAUGGACUCCUGAGCUUCACCGUUGUUUUGUUCAUGCCAUUGAAAGGCUUGGUGGUCAAGACAAGGCCACACCAAAACUUGUUCUACAGUUGAUGGAUGUGAAAGGACUCACCAUUUCACAUGUUAAGAGCCAUCUCCAGAUGUAUAGAAGCAUGAGGAGUGAUUUGGGGAGGCAAGAUAAAAGUUUCAAUAAACAAAGAAAGCAAGAAGCUUUAGAGGGCCAUGAUGGUUGUCUAGAUCAUGAAGUAAAUGACAUGGGAUUAUGUCAAUCAGCUUCAAAAUCCAUACAAGAAGAAUCAGAUUCUCCGCAGCUUCUCUAUAGUCCAUAUCAUCAUCGCCAUCUCCCGUUAAAAAGGCCAAGAAUCGAUGACACCAGGAGGAGUCGUCAGAACCUGCAAUGCAGCAAAGAAAGUGUAUGUGAAACGCUUGAUUAUCUGCAGCAGUCCCUGAGAAGAGAAACAGUAAACAAUGGACGGUUCAGAUCAGAUCAUGAGCAAACCACAUAUCCUCCGCAGCCGCACGAUCUUAAUUACAACUCUUCCAAAUAUUCUGUUGAAUUAGAAGAGUCUGAUUUCAUUAAGAUUGCAGAGCGGGAUGACCAUACGUACAAAUCAAAGGCAACGUGCACACCUAAGAAUACUGUGAUUGGACGUGCUAAAGAAGACGAAGGAAAUGAGGGUUGCGAGUUGUCUCUGUCCCUCUCACUCCGCCAUCCUUUUUCCUCCCAGAGAAGUAAUGUCUCCUCCACAAGCGACAUCAGCGAGGCCUUUUCGUGUUCUUCAGGACGACAUAGUGUUAACCUAGAUCUAUCUAUUGCUCUUUGUGGUACCUAAUGUCUCAAAAAACAUAUGAGUUAAACCAUCCUGUCUUGUUAAUGAUUCUUUUUUGCUCUUUGCUAAAUUAUUCACUCUCUUUCUUGUAAUCCGUCUUGUUAUAAUUCUUUUUCUAAUUAGCAACCUUUUCCAUUCUUAAUCUGCCUUGCAACAUUUUGUAGUGUUAUUGAAUGCCAUUACUUGGUGUC